AUGUACGCGGGAGAAGAUGUCAUGCUUGACAAGCUUCAACAGAUUGGUAGUGGUUCGGAUCCUCAAACAAGCAACCGUCAACCCCGUUCUUUCUCACUUAGCGGUGAAAUUACUACAGUAGAUGGUCACAGUCGAUCACUAUCACCUGCACCUCUGUCGCAGACACCUGGUCCCAGAAUGUCCACUGACCCCAGACGGACGUCCUCGAACUUUGGAAGCGAUGGAUUUAUUUCUCGUUCGCCAACAACUUCUCCACAGGCUUUAGACAACGAAAUUGAUACACUCUUGGAAGAUCUCACCACCACUUGCUUGCAACAAGGUCGCGGAGACCACCUGAUUCGAGUUGGUGCAAGGGGUUCAAAUCACCAUUUUCCACAGAAGUUCUCCACAUCCUCUCGACCUAGAUUUGACCGAGUUGAUGGAAAUAAUCCAAGUGGAGGCAGAGGUCGAGAAGUAUGCCUUCCUGAACUCGCAGCUUACAUGAAGGUCUGCAAGCCUAGAGCGUUUGGAAUAAAAACCUACAGGAGAUUUUAUGUGGUUCUCAAGAAGACUUCAAUUCUGAUGUUUAAGGUUUCAAUUCGAAAGUCAUAA